AUGCGGGCCGCAUACGAGGCCUUCAGGGACGGCCUGGGCGCCGACUCCAUCGCAGCGGCCGCGGGGCCGGACCCGGACGCGGGGCCGUCGUUUUACGCGUGGAUGUACGUGGGCCUGUACCAUGAGGCGCACGGGGACGCAGCGUCCGCCAAGGAGGCUAUGCUGAGGGCGGUGCGGACGCGGUAUGCGCAGCAGAGCGGCGACUACAUGGCGGACCUGGCGCGCGUGCACUGCAAGCGGCGGGGCUGGGCAGAUGCGUAG